UCAGGAACCAGCUAAUAGAGUUGCUGGUUACAGAAGGAAUUCGGAGGAGGCCGUUUGAUAUUUAGAAAUAUUCCCUCUCCCGUUUCUCAAUUCUAGGGUUUUUCAGCACGAUUCAGACAUGGAUGAAAAAUCGAAUGACAAUGAGUCCUUGAUUGCUCGCAUUCAACAGUUGGAACAUGAGCGAGAUGAAUUACGUAAAGAUAUUGAACAGUUGUGCAUUCAGCAAGCUGGACCUAGCUACCUUGUUGUAGCUACUCGAAUGCAUUUUCAGAGGACAGCUGGUUUGGAGCAGGAGAUUGAGAACUUGAAAAAGAAGGUAGCUGCUUCCACAAGAGAGAAUUUAAAUCUUCAAGAGGAGCUUUCAGAGGCUUAUCGUAUCAAAAGCCAGCUGGCAGAUUUGCAUAAUGCAGAGGUCUCAAAGAAUUUGGAUGCAGAGAAGCAGAUUAAAUUUUUCCAAGGUUGUGUUGCUGCUGCAUUUGCUGAACGGGAUCAUUCGAUUAUGGAGGCUGAGAAGGCUAAGGAGAAGGAGGAACUUGCAUUACAGGAAUUCAAUAAUUUCCAGAAGAGGAUAAAAGAGCUUGAGUCAGAUAAUUUGAAGCAAAAACAACUGAAUGUUGCACUGCAGAUUGAUCUAGCGAACCAAGAAGAUCAGAAUGAAACUUUCAAGAAGGUUAUUAAUAAGUUUUUUGAGAUUAGACAAUAUUCUCUUGAAGCUUUUGAGGAUGCAAAUUGGGAUGAUAAAUGUGGUUGCCUGUUAUCUGAUCCCGUAGAAAUGUGGAGUUUCAAUACUAAUGAGGAAACUUCCACCUCUAAAUACAUUGAUGCAUUAGAAGAGGAGCUGGAGAUGGUGAGAAACUCUGUUGAUAAUCUUCAAAACAAGCUAAGGGUGGGUUUGGAAAUUGAAAAUCAUUUGAAGAAGAAAGUUAGUGAAUUGGAAAAGCAGAAAAUCAUUUCACACCAAAUGUUCAAGAACAGAAUAUCAGGGUUGCUUCAUUAUCAUUCUCAGCACAGACUUCAUGUUGUAAAUUUACUUGAUGAGGGGAAAUCCCAUCUCAAAUCAAUUAUUGAUGUGGUAGAAGAAAAGAUUCGACAGCUUGAUGCAGACAGAGAACAAAAUUUGGUACCUCCUCAGAGAGACUUAAAGUUAGAUGAAAAUGAGUGUCGAGAUGUACAUGUUAGUAUUGUUGGGGAUCAUAAUUCAGUAGCUGAGAGUAACAUUCCUGGUUUAAAAAACAAUGUGAUUGAUGGAAUGGGUGAUGCCUCUGAAGCCUUUGCUCAGGCAAUGCAAGAGAAGGUUUCAGCGUUGUUACUUUUAUCACAGCAGGAAGAACGGCAUCUACUGGAGAGCAAUGUUAAUAUAGUUCUUCAGAAAAAAAUGGAGGAGCUUCAGAGAAACUUAUUACAAGUUACCAAUGAAAAGGUAAAAGCUCUUAUGGAGUUGGCACAAUUGAAGCAGGAAUAUCAACUACUACAAGAGAAGAUCAGUCAUGACAUGAAACAGGGAAAUUUUUUAGCUGACAUUGGGGAAAAAAGAAAUGCUACUCUUGAAAGAGAUGGAAAAUUGAAAAACCUGCUGAAGAAAACGUACCUGAGACGCUGGAUCGGUCCCUUAGAUUACAGUGGAAAUCAAGCUGAAGCUCACCUGAAUAGUGAAGGGAAUUUCUCUGGUAGAAAGUCCAAUUAUAGCAUGGAUUUUGCCAGAAUGAAGAUUGAAAAUGCAACCCUAAAGGAAAGCAUGGAAAGCAUUGAGCAUCUGACCUCUUCGAUUCGUAGGCUUCGUCUCACACUUCUAGAGGCUAAAGAGUCAGUUACAUCUGGAGGCACAGUUUCUAGCGUGUUAGAAGCACUGGAUGACAUUAUUAAUGAAGCAAAACUCGUAAAGACUGCUCUUGGCAGUUCUCUUCCAGUUAGUUGGUCAGCAGAUGCAGAUGGGGAAUCAUUUGGUGAAAGUAUGGACAAUGCGCCAGGCUAUUUUCAUGGGGAUUCCAGCAGUGAGAAAAUAGACUCUGUAUGUGCUGCAGGAUUUGAGAUGGUAGAACUUCUUAUAUUUGCAGUUCAGGUAUUGAAGGACAGCACAAUCAAAAGAAGUUCCAGUUAUGGUCUUGUGAAAGGCAACUAGGAAGGAGAAAAUGAUUGAAAAUCUGUGCUUUAUUUAUAUAUGGAAAGUUGUGCAGCUAAUUCCAGAAAAAGGAGGGAAAAAAAAACACAAAACAGAAAUAGGGUAAUGUAGAAAAUCUGUGCAGUAUCACCUUUGUCUUGUAAACCCAAUGCUUAAGAAUAGGUUAUGGUUCAAUCCCUGGAACAAUGUAUGUAUUUAUCAAUUGUUUCUAUGUUGUACAGUGAUAUUUUAAUUGCAAAGGCUUUAGACUAGGCUUCUCAGUGCCCUGAUACCAAUGGGUGUUAUGUUAUAGUGCUUUCUCUU